UGCCUAGGCGGAAAGUUUCCGAGAGUAGCGCGGGAGCUGAGAAGUUGGAGGCUCGGGUUCAUCUGCGGAAGGCCUUGAGCAGUUUGUUCCGCUGUCUUCCUGCUUCCAGGUUCCCCGACUGCGUCCCCACGAACUCCCGUCCUUACCGCUUGCUGCUGUGGAGUGCCUCGCUGUCUCCCAGGUCCCCGAGUUCCUGGUUUCAGAGAAGAUGACCGAAGAACUGGAUUUCCUGGGACAGGACUCUGAUGGGGGUAGUGAAGAAGUGGUCCUAACUCCUGCAGAGCUCAUUGAAAGGUUGGAGCAGGCCUGGAUGAAUGAAAAGUUUGCCCCUGAGCUGCUGGAGAGCAAGCCUGAGAUUGUAGAAUGUGUCAUGGAACAGCUGGAGCACAUGGAAGAAAAUCUCAGGAGAGCCAAAAGGGAGGACCUGAAGGUCAGCAUCCACCAAAUGGAGAUGGAGAGGAUCCGCUACGUCCUCAGCAGCUACUUGCGGUGUCGCCUCAUGAAGAUAGAGAAGUUUUUCCCUCAUGUCCUUGAGAAGGAGAAAACCCGGCCCGAGGGGGAGCCUUCCAGCCUCUCCCCGGAAGAGUUGGCCUUUGCCAGAGAGUUCAUGGUGAACACAGAGACCUAUCUGAAAAAUGUCGCCUUGAAGCACAUGCCCCCUAACUUACAGAAGGUGGAUCUCUUUCGGGCAGUUCCCAAACCAGAUCUAGAUUCUUACGUGUUUCUGAGAGUGAGAGAACGACAAGAAAACAUACUGGUAGAACCAGACACAGAUGAGCAGAGGGACUACGUGAUUGACCUGGAAAAGGGCUCACAGCACUUGAUCCGAUACAAAACCAUUGCACCUCUGGUUGCAUCUGGAGCUGUCCAGCUAAUUUAAAACUAGGGAUAAACAGCCAGGCAUGGUGGCUCACGCCUGUAAUCCCAGCACUGUGGGAGGCCGAGGCAGGCGGAUCAUGAGGUCAGGAGUUCGAGACCAACCUGACCAACAUGAUGAAACCCCAUCUGUACUAAAAAUACAAAAAAAUUAGCCGGGUGUGGUGGUGUGCACCUGUAAUCCCAGCUUCUCAAGAGGCUGGGGCAGGAGGAUCGCUUAAACCUGGGAGCAGGAGGUCGCAGUGAGCCGAGAUCGUGCCAUUGCACUCUAGCCUGGGUGACAGAGCGAGACUGUCUC